GUUCAGGUGACGCAGCUGCUGGAGGAGAGGGACUCGCUUAGUCUGCAGCUGGAAACGUCUAAAUGUCAACUCACUGACAUCAUGGAGAUGUUGGAAGGACUUGAGAUGGCCAAAGGCGGAUGGGAUGAGAAGUUCCUUCAGCAGGAGAGCGAGUUGAAGAGGGUCCGCUCUGAAAAAGCAAACCUGGAGCAGCACAUCCUGGGAAUGGAGUCUGAACUGGAGAGCAUGCAGGCAGAAAGCUGCARGCUUACGGAGGAGCUGGAGACCCAGAGGAAGACGUGUUCAGGACGGAAACAGCAGAUAGAAGCUCUCCUUAUGGAGGUCAGCGCCCUGAUUUAAAUAAAUUCACCUGUCUGCAUCAACA